AUGCGGGUUUGGAUAGCUUCGUUAGUAUUCUAUGGAUUCGUAUUUGCUGUAUGCGAGCUAUUACGAUAUUUUAUUGUCCGUUUUAUGUCAAAACGUCUAUCGACUGAUCUAUUGCUAGAGUUCGUCGGUACUCUCCAAAUAUGUACGCCUAUGUUUGACGUGGGCACUGUUCUCGAAACCUACGGUCUGUUCGGCAUUUUCGUCGAAAUUACCGUCAUCGAACUUGCAAAUACGUAUUUCCAACGGGAUGCUAUUGCAAAUCCAUGUCCUAUUGUAACUUCAUGUUAUCGCCGUUCGAAAGCCUUCCGACGAGCCAUAUAUGUACUUCUCACUCAAAUGUUGGCUGGCUACCUCUCGUUCCAUCUUGCAAGAGCUUUCUGGCGACUUAACAUUCACCCCGUGCAUGCUGAACUUCUUGCUGCUGAACACUGCACGGCCGAUUUGACGAUUGCUAUAACCACGGGUUGCCUCGUAGAAGGUGGAGCGACUUUCCUGGGUAAAGCCUUCAAUAAAUACGUCGGCGACUACAUCGACGAUUACUGGACGUGUAACUUCGUCGCUUGUGUUUUCAGUGGAUUUAUCUGCGCCCUUGGUAUAAAGUACACGGGAAUGUACGCGAAUCCACUGGUUGCUUGGGCCUGCACUUUCAACUGCGAAGGAUUGACUCACGCCGGUCAUCUAAUGGUCUACUGGCUAAGCCCUCUAAUAGGAUGGUGA